AUCGUUCACUGUCAGUCAGGUUAAGUUUUUCUUACCGACAACAACAUUAGCUUUUGUAUUCUCCCCUUCGUUUCGAUUGUUAUCAUUAAUUCCGUUUGUAUUCCUCUUGAAUCUCGGAAUAUUAUAUUCUCUUGUCACCACCGCUGGUUUGAUAAGAAAAACAUUGUGGUGUGCUACCUGUUGUGUAUUUGUGCAAUCCUGAUAUAUUCGGUGCUUAUAUAACUCGACCAUUCCCGUCCUGUUGGAAGUACAAAAGCCGGUGUACAAAGAAUUCAAAGCUUCAGUAUACAAGUGGUGUGUGAUUUGGUGAUACGACAGAAACUGCAAAGCAACAAGAUGUCUCGCAAUCCAGCAGAGAACCAACUGAACAUGUACAAGGAAACCCAGAAGGAAAAGUCUGUUGCCACCACCGGCAAUGGUGCUCCACUGGGCACCAAAACGGCCACUGCCACCGUUGGAGAACGUGGUCCAAUCGUGCUCCAGGAUGUGCACUUCCUUGAUGAAAUGUCUCACUUCGAUCGUGAGCGUAUCCCGGAACGCGCAGUCCACGCCAAGGGAGCCGGCGCCUUCGGUUACUUCGAGGUAACUCAUGACAUCACUAAAUACUGCGCUGCUAAGAUCUUCGAAAAAGUUGGCAAGAAGACUCCGCUGGCCGUACGAUUCUCCACGGUCGGUGGGGAAAGUGGAUCGGCUGAUACUGCCCGUGAUCCACGUGGCUUCGCCGUGAAAUUCUACACUGACGAUGGUGUGUGGGAUUUGGUUGGUAACAACACUCCAAUCUUCUUCAUCCGCGAUCCAAUCCUGUUCCCGAGCUUCAUCCAUACCCAGAAGCGUAAUCCUGCUACUCACUUGAAGGACGCCGAUAUGUUCUGGGACUUUAUUUCACUGAGACCAGAAUCUACCCAUCAGGUUAUGUUCCUGUUUGCUGAUCGUGGCAUUCCAGACGGUUACCGAUUCAUGAAUGGCUAUGGAUCGCACACGUUCAAGCUUGUUAAUGCUGAUGGUAAGCCUGUGUAUUGUAAGUUUCACUUCAAGUGUGACCAAGGCAUCAAGAAUUUGAACGUAAAACGUGCUGAUGAGCUCGCAGGAUCCGACCCAGAUUACAGCAUUCGUGAUCUGUACAAUGCUAUUGCCAAAGGAGAACAUCCGAGUUGGACUAUGAAGAUCCAGGUUAUGAGCUUCGAAGAAGCUGAAAAGAUCAGUUUCAACCCAUUCGAUGUUACCAAGGUUUGGUCUCAGAAUGAAUUCCCAUUGAUUCCAGUGGGUCGCAUGGUGCUGGACCGCAAUCCAAGCAACUACUUCGCCGAGGUUGAGCAAAUCGCAUUUGCACCGUCGCAUUUAGUUCCUGGCAUUGAACCAUCCCCGGACAAGAUGCUUCAGGGGCGACUUUUCUCUUAUGCGGACACGCACCGUCAUCGCCUUGGAGCAAAUUAUCUCCAACUUCCGGUGAACUGCCCAUAUCGGGUUGCUACCAGGAACUAUCAACGUGACGGCCCAAUGACAGUUACUGAUAACCAAGGAGGGGCCCCAAAUUAUUAUCCGAACUCCUUCAGUGGACCAGAACCUUGCGGUUUUGCCCACAAGUUGCAGAAUUCUAAGCAUACUGUCACUGGAGAUAUUAAUCGCUUUGAGUCGGGCGAUAGCGAAGACAACUUUGCCCAACCGACAAUUUUCUAUCGUCGCGUGCUAGACGAAUCCGCUCGUGAGCGUAUGAUUUCGAACAUGGUGGGUCACAUGUCCAACGCUUCGCCCUUCAUCCAGGAACGCGCGGUUAAAAAUUUCUCCCAGGUCGAUGCCGAUUUCGGACGUAGAUUGACCGAAGGUUUGAAGCUGCGCCGUUCGGCAAAAAUGUAAAUGUUAAAUGUAGUUCGUACGUUUUUGCUGGGUUGAGAAGUACACACAAUCACACACAUACAAGCUUAAAUUUUGAAUCCUUAUUUUAAAUUCAUUAAAUAUACUAAGUAGAAUUCAUGGAUAAUAAGUUUGAAGGAUUAAAAGAGAAGGAAUAUGGUGAACUUAAUUGUAAAACAUUCUGAAUGUUUUUAAAAUAAUUGAAAGGUAUUUUUAUAUAUUCUAGCUGGUACUAUGCUUUCAGAUCUUAUUCGAAUCUAAUAAAGUUUAACGAUUUCCUAAA